GGCACGCCCAGCGCGUCGUCCGGCGCGGAGCGGGGCCGCCGCGGGCCCCCUGUCGCUGGCUUCGUCGCGGGAGCUGCGGUGUCCGCGUCCGUUCGCUCCGCUCUUGCCUCCUCGCCCUUCGCCUGGUCUGCGCCUCCGCGGCCCGGCGCCGGCCGUCAUGACGCCGUCGGCGCGGCCUGCGCGGCCCCGCUGAGCCUCGGAGCGGCGGCGAGCGCGGCUCGGGGUCACCAUGCCUACGCGAGUAUGUUGCUGCUGUUCUGCAUUGCGUCCUCGCUACAAACGCCUGGUGGACAACAUAUUCCCUGAAGAUCCAAAAGUAAAUUGAUCUACAUCUACUGAUCCUUCUCUUUGCUGACCCAUUCUGCCCCCUGCUGACCUCCCUAAGGAUGGCCUUGUUAAAGCUGAUAUGGAGAAAUUGACAUUUUAUGCAGUAUCUGCUCCAGAGAAGUUGGAUCGAAUUGGUGCUUACCUGGCAGAAAGAUUGAGCAGGGAUGUUGUCAGACAUCGCUCCGGGUAUGUUUUAAUUGCUAUGGAGGCACUGGACCAGCUUCUCAUGGCUUGCCAUUCUCAAAGCAUCAAACCAUUUGUAGAAAGCUUUCUUCAUAUGGUGGCAAAGCUGCUGGAAUCAGGGGAACCAAAGCUGCAAGUUCUUGGGACAAAUUCUUUUGUGAAAUUUGCAAAUAUUGAAGAAGAUACACCAUCUUAUCACAGGCGUUAUGACUUUUUUGUGUCUCGAUUUAGUGCCAUGUGUCAUUCCUGUCAUAGUGAUCCAGAAAUACGAACAGAAAUCCGAAUUGCUGGAAUCAGGGGUAUUCAAGGUGUGGUUCGCAAAACAGUUAAUGAUGAACUUCGGGCAACCAUCUGGGAACCUCAGCAUAUGGAUAAGAUUGUUCCAUCCCUCCUGUUUAACAUGCAAAAGAUAGAAGAAGUUGACAGUCGCCUGGGCCCUCCUUCUUCUCCUUCUGCAGCUGAUAAAGAGGAGAAUCCUGCUGUGCUGGCCGAGAGCUGUUUCAGAGAAUUGCUGGGUAGAGCGACUUUUGGGAAUAUGAAUAAUGCUGUUAGACCAGUUUUUGCGCAUUUAGAUCAUCACAAACUGUGGGAUCCCAAUGAAUUUGCAGUUCACUGCUUUAAAAUUAUAAUGUAUUCUAUUCAGGCUCAGUAUUCUCAUCAUGUGAUCCAGGAGAUUCUAGGACACCUUGAUGCUUGUAAAAAAGAUUCUCCACGGGUUCGAGCGGGUAUUAUUCAGGUUCUGUUAGAGGCUGUUGCCAUUGCUGCUAAAGGCUCCAUAGGGCCCACCGUGCUGGAGGUGUUCAAUACCCUGUUGAAGCAUCUGCGUCUCAGUGUUGAAUUUGAAGCAAACGAUUUACAGGGGGGACCUGCAGGUAGUGCCAACUUAAACACAAGUUCCAAAGACAAUGACGAGAAGAUUGUGCAGAACGCUAUCAUCCAAACAAUAGGAUUUUUUGGAAGUAAUCUGCCAGAUUAUCAGAGGUCAGAAAUCAUGAUGUUCAUCAUGGGAAAAGUACCUGUUUUUGGAACAUCUGCCCACACUUUGGAUAUCAGUCAACUAGGGGAUUUGGGAACGAGGCGGAUUCAGAUAAUGUUGCUGAGGUCUUUACUCAUGGUAACCUCUGGAUACAAAGCAAAGACAAUUGUUACUGCACUUCCAGGGUCUUUUCUGGACCCUUUGUUGUCUCCAUCCCUUAUGGAAGAUUAUGAACUGAGACAGUUAGUUCUGGAGGUCAUGCACAACCUCAUGGAUCGCCACGACAAUAGAGCCAAGCUCCGGGGGAUCAGAAUAAUACCAGAUGUAGCUGACCUAAAGAUAAAAAGAGAAAAAAUCUGUAGACAAGAUACAAGUUUCAUGAAAAAGAAUGGGCAGCAGCUGUAUCGGCACAUAUAUUUGGGCUGUAAAGAGGAAGACAAUGUUCAGAAAAACUAUGAGCUACUUUACACUUCUCUUGCUCUUAUAACCAUUGAACUGGCCAACGAAGAAGUGGUUAUCGAUCUUAUCCGCCUGGUCAUUGCCUUACAGGACAGUGCGAUUAUCAAUGAGGAUAAUUUGCCAAUGUUCCAUCGGUGUGGAAUCAUGGCCCUGGUUGCAGCGUACCUCAACUUUGUCAGUCAGAUGAUAGCUGUCCCUGCAUUUUGCCAGCAUGUUAGCAAGGUUAUUGAAAUUCGAACUAUGGAAGCCCCUUAUUUUCUACCAGAGCAUAUUUUCAGAGAUAAGUGCAUGCUUCCAAAAUCUUUAGAGAAACAUGAAAAAAAUUUGUAUUUCCUGACCAACAAGAUUGCAGAGUCACUGGGAGGAAGUGGAUAUAGCGUGGAGAGGUUAUCAGUUCCAUAUGUACCACAGGUAACAGAUGAAGAUCGGCUUUCCAGAAGAAAAAGCAUUGUAGACACUGUAUCCAUUCAGGUGGAUAUUUUACCGAACAGCAUUCCUCCUGAUGACGUGGCUAAUAACACUGAAGAAAUAACCUUUGAAGCACUGAAGAAAGCAAUUGAUACCAGUGGAAUGGAAGAACAAGAAAAGGAAAAGAGACGUCUUGUCAUAGAGAAAUUCCAGAAAGCACCUUUUGAAGAAAUAGCAGCACAGUGUGAAUCCAAAGCAAAUUUGCUUCAUGAUAGACUUGCUCAAAUAUUGGAGCUCACCAUACGUCCUCCUCCCAGUCCAUCAGGAACACUGACCAUUACUUCUGGGCAUGCCCAAUACCAGUCUGUCCCAGUGUAUGAGAUGAAGUUUCCAGAUCUGUGUGUGUACUGAGUGGCCCAGGAAGACCUCAGCAUAGGAUUUUAAAGCUUAAAAUUAAGGCCAAGUUGCGUU